AUGUCGUUGAACGGUAGUCGAUCGGUUCUUAACCGGUGGAAGAACAAACGUACCUCGUCCACCGCUUCCGCACCACCUGGAACGGCCGGUACGACUAGACCAACCACAUCCGGCGGAUUGAACUCUUGGACCGAAUACACUCCAAGCUCGGAAGAACCAUUCCAGAAAGCUGUCGAGGAAGCUGUUUUAAAUGCACUCAAUAGUGAUGCCUUCAGAAAUGUCAUUGCCUCUCAAAUUGAUCCCGUGACCGCUGCUCUUUCUCGACAGCAAGAAAAGUUGAAUGCUUUGAAAGCUACGACAUUGAACCUUGAGUCAUCAUUCAGUACCUCAAACAUUAAAGCUACUUUGGAUCCAGCUUUAAAACCAAUCAGUCAAUUGAUUGACGAUGUUCCAGACACCGAGGACGACAUUGAGUCUCUCGUUGAAGGCCAAAAGAAGAUUUUAGAAUACUUAAAGUCACUUGAUGAGCGUCUGACUGGUAUCGACACGAAAUUUGAUGAGUUUGGUGAGAAAAUAACCAGCCUUGAUGGAGAGAUUGUAAACGCAGAUUUAAGAUCUGCCAUCAGGUUCGGUGAAUUAUCCAACGAACUCCAGGACCGAAACAAGAUGCUUGGGGAAAGACUGUGGUCUGUCGAAGGCGAUUUGGGUAAGAAGAUUGAUGGCAGUCAUCGGAAAUUGAUUGGGAUGGUUGAGGAUCUCGGGAAAUCCAGUCGAAAUGUCAUCAAUAAAGUUUCCUCUAUGGAAUUUGAUUCAUCGUCCUCGAACUCUAGUAAGCUCGAUGAGAUGUUGAAUGAAAACUCCCAGAUGGUUGAUAGAAUGGAAAGUCUGAAGAAAAGUGUCUCAAAAUUGGAAGACUCCCAGAAGAAUAUCCAAAGUACAGAAAAAGGAUUGGCUCGCAAUAUCCAAGAAGUCCGCGAUAUUGUCUCUUCCCUUAACACAUCAUCACUGGAACAUCAUUCGAAGAGGUUAGAUGAUAUCGAAAGAAGCAUUAUCACUGUUCGAAAGGAAUUGGAAGGUCAGGGCCAGCUGGCAUCCAUUGAUUCGAAAUUGCUGUCGACCAACACAUCUCGUCUCAGCAACAUCAUCGAGCAAGUCACCAAGAUCAACGAAGUGGUCGAAUCCGUUAAUGAGCAUGUCUCCGCGAAUGACCAAUCUAUACACACCUCUAACUCAGAGAAAUUGGAUACUCUCACCUCUACAACAAUAACUGUGAAAGACACUCUCGAUCGAGUUGAGCAACACGUGAAAACAUUGAACACAUCUCAAUUCGAUGCUCAUAGGGACAAACUCACAAUGAUCGCAUCAAUGAUGACUAGCUUCGCUGAAUCAAUGGCCGGAAUCCAAGAUGGUGUCUCGAAGACAACUUCAGCCUUACUCCCAAGCAACGAAGUUGCCAGAUUUGAUGACUUGGCCAAUCGACUAUCAGAUAUGCGGGCAGAAUUGGAUGCAAGACUUGAAACUCAAAGCAACUCUCUUGAGGAUAUUCACAGGCAAACUGUGUUGCCCAUAGACACAAAGAAGCUGGACGACAUUGCCACUUUGCUCAACAAUCUUCAGUCCGCGUCUUACAAUGAUUCUCUCGCCACGCUCUUGGCAUCUCACUCCACGAAACUCGAUACUAUUUCUCAUGAUCUAUCUACUUUCCAUUCCGGCACUGAAACAACCCUCAAGACGAUCACAAUCAGCUUAGAGACCAUCGACCAGCACGUUGAAAAUGGAACGGCUACUGGACGUGAAGGCAUUCAAGGCUUGCAUACCCAACUUGAAAGAUUCGGUACAUCUCUAGAUAAUCAAGAUGUUGUCUUGAGGGACAUCAAGCAGAGCGGCGCCAACCAUGAGAUCCUAGGCGCUAUCGAGCAUGUCAAAUCUUCAAUGGAACAGGACAAACGAAGCGAUGAGAUCCUUGGACAACUCUUGAUCAUGAAGGAAUUUGUUGACUCCGUCAAAGCUGACAACAGAAAGAGCGAAAUGAUUCAAGACAUUGCUGCGUUGAAGAACAUUCUUGAUACCAUCAAGGACGGAAGCAAAGAUGAGGAAAUCAUGGAGGCAAUUAAGAACCUCGAUACCUCUUCGACUACAGCAGGCUCGGGCUCUCAAGAGGGAGAGGUUUUGAAAGCUUUGGAAGCUAUCAUGAAGGUCGCUGAUUCUAACGGUCAAUCAAUCGGAGCUGUUCAUACCGACGUCUUGGAAAUCAAGAAUGCCAGCAUCGAGAAAACGUUGGGUGAAAUUCUUGCAAUUAGAGAACUUCUUAACAACAACACAACAUCUCUUGCUUCGGCUUACGAUGGAAUCCUUUCCGUCAACACAAAGAUCAAAGAUAGCGAAGAAUCAGUCACUACUGCCAUCCAAAACCUUCAUUCAGCAAUCGGAACCAACCUCAACGACAACAAAUCCGCGCUUGUUGCUUCGAUCAAUGAUGUAGCUACUGAACUUGAGAGUGAAAUGAAGAAUCUUGGCUCAAGAUUGACAUCCACUACGAGCGAAUUGAAAUCGGAUAUCAAAAACAUUGACCUCGGUCCAACAAACACAUCUAUUGAUGCGUUGAGCAGAGAUGUUCAAUCAACAUACAAAACCUCCGUGGAAACCGCAGGAAAUUUGGCCGCCCUCCCUGAAGCAUUUACUAACAUCAGAUCAACCGAGAACGUUUCAAUGAACAUGUCAAUAGAUUCUAUAUCCAAAUUUGUAGCUUCGAUUGAUGAGGCGAUCAAGGAGACUGGGAGAGACGUUCAAGGUAAUACUGAGAUGUUGACAAACAUCAAGUCAAGUGUUGCUACAAGUACCAAUGACAUUAGGUUCCUUCUAGAUAAACAAGUUCCCCUGAUUCGCCAGGAUAUCCAGGCCAUCGAUUUCAGUGAACUCGAGUCCGCUGCGGCCAAGAACCAAGCCUCCGUCGAUUCUAUCGAGAAGGCCGUUCCCCAGAUAAUUCAAAUCGCUAAUGACCAUGCAUCGGCCUUGUCUCAGCUGGACUACAAGAUGAAGUAUCUCCUCUCUGGAGAUAUUGCGAAGAUUGGAAAAGCAAUUGAGGCCGUGGACCAAGCCCUUUCAAAAGCCGCUCAGGAGACCAUUAGUGCCGUAGAAGGCAACGCAGCGAGGCUUUCAAAUAUCCGUGAGACAGUUUUAAAUACUUAUACUACCGUGGAUACAUUGACCCAUACUGACAUUCCUGGUAUCAGCUAUUCCCUCUCGAGCCUCCAGACAUUCCAAAGAGAGUCCAAUGCUCAAACCCUGGAAAAACUGCAGAACUGUGACAACGCCACUGGAUCCAUCCGUGACUCCGUUGAACAUAUCUCUACAAAAAUAAACGACAAUGCCUCGCUGCUCUCAAACAUCAAGAACGACUUGAUUUCAUCGGCUGAAAUAAACUCUUCAACGAUCCACACCUUAUCCUCGAAUAUUCUAAACCUCGAUUCAACAGUCGGCCAGACCACAACCGCCGUUCGCGUUAAUGGCGCAGCACUAGCCCGAAUAGACAAUCGUGUACUCGAAACCGGUGCACAAGUAAAAUCCGUUGUUCUUGAAGGAAACAAGCGACUUACCAAGGAACUGGACAAAGCAGUCUCACAACUCGACGAAUUGGCUCAUGAUAGCGGUACACGAAUCCGUGGAAUUUCCGAUUAUACUUUUCCAAAGAUUGAAACUGAGCUGAGGGGUAUUCACACUACUCUCGAACGAUUAACACACAAUAACAUUGAUGGAUUAAGACGAACGCGCGAUUCUUUGGCCGUUAUAGGUGCUAAAAUCGCGGGAACCUCUAGAAAAUUUGAUGAUCUAGUUGAUGCUGUUCAUUCGAGUGAUGAUCUGGAUCAUCUAACUCAUAGUAAAACUUUGGUCGGUGGUAAUGGAAAGAUUCCUGGUGAGCACCGUAUACUUGGGACAAGGAGGAGUAGGGGUGGAAGCAACGCCAGUAGUACUAAGGACGGUCCUGCCUUGAGUGGUUUGAGAUUGCAGGCUUUCACGCAAGGUCAUUCAAGUUUAUCAUGA